UUUGUCCCAUAGUCAGAGUUUUGACAUUUGGUUAUAAACACUAACAUCUGUCAGUUUUGUUAAGAAAAAAACAAAACACUGAUAUAUAACAAUUUUCAGAGUUAAUGAAUAAAAAUGAAUUUAGAUUACACAAAAACGUGGAUUUCUCGGCCGGAUGUAUGCCGGUGCUGUCUAGCGGCUAGUGGAACUUACGACAUGACCAUAUCUUAUUUUUCUGAAUCUGGUGUUAAAGAAAUUUAUCUUGAUAUUUUACAAGAAACAUAUGGGAUUUCUCUGCUGCUGGACCAUGGCAGAGCGAUGAUAUGCACAUUGUGCAUGUCACAGCUGAGACAGGCCACUGCAUUCAAGAAGCAAGUAUUGGAUGCUGAGAGGCAGUUAGAUCUCUGCUUCCAAGAUACAGGAAAUGCAACUAAAGGUAUAUCCUCAAUAAAAGAAAAUGUAAAAUUUGAAGAAUCCAACAAAACUGUAUCAGCUGGAAACCUCAAAACAAAAUCAGUAUCAGAAAAAAACCUAGAAUCAUCUCUCAAGCUGAAACAAACAAGAAACAGAAUAAGAAAUAAAAGAGUAUUUAAAACUAUUGCAGAGAGUGAGAACGGAGAAAUAGAUCCUGGGUAUGACUCCGAUAUUCCUAUAUCUGAAUUAAUAAAAACUCCUUGUCAAGAGAAAAGUGUAACUCCUGGAAAAGCUGAAAAAGAUAUUAAAAACGAUAUAAUAGGAGUACAUAAAGUUCGAAACAGAAUAUCAGAACGAAAACGCGUCAUUCUAACAUGCAGCAUAGUACUAAAAGAUACAACAGCCUGUCCAUUUAGACAUCACAAGAGUUGGUUCCAAUGUUUUUUCUGCCUUCAAGAUUUCAUGGAUAUAAAUACAUUAAAAAAACACACUUCAAACAACCAUAAAGAUAUUGAUACAGAGUUAAAUAAAUUGAAAAGCUAUCCAAGGUCAUUACAAAUCGACAUUUCUAACCUAAAAUGCCGCCAUUGCUGUUUGACAUUGACAGAUGUCAAUACGAUGCGACGCCAUCUUGUCGAAGUACACAAUAAAAUUAUUUACACAGAAUGUAUAGCGGAUUAUAAAGUCAAUUCAAGUCCAUAUUCAUGUCACAUAUGUAAACGGGAGUUUCACGUUUUCAGAACAUUAACGACUCAUUUGAACGAACAUUAUCCUAAUUGCAUUUGCGAUGUUUGUGGAAAAUCUUUUUUGAACACAAAACGUCUGAAAGUACACAAAAGGACACACGAAAAUGGCACUUAUCCUUGUAAAAAAUGCGGGAAAGUGUUAAAAACUAAAAUAUCUAUAACAAAUCAUAUGGAAACACAUUCUAAAAGAAUAAUCAAAUGUCAAAUAUGUUUAAAACCAAUGAAACAUUAUAAUGCAAGAAUAAAACAUAUGUCCGAAGAACAUAACAUAACAUAUAAAUUUAAAUGUCCUAUUUGUUAUCGAGAAUAUAACAUAAAGCAUUAUUUAGCAACACAUAUAAGACAAACUCAUGGAAAUAAGAAUAAAAAGUGUACAGAAUGUGAUAUGGCAUUUAUUACCAACCACGGCUUGAAAAAACAUAUGCUAAAACAUACUGGUGAAAAACCAUAUACUUGUACUGUUUGUUGCAAAUCUUAUGCAAGAAGUUAUACAUUGAGAGAACAUAUGAGAGCUCAUGUAGAUAAAAAAUGUACAUAAUUCAUUGCUAUGUGGUUCUAGGUCACUUUUUUACAGGGUUUAAAAAGCCUUGUAUGUUAUUUACAGGGUCUAAAAGGCCUUGUAAUCUUGGAAAGUUAAAUGUAAUGAUUAUUGCAUAAAAUGAUUCAUAAUAAAUGUUCUUUUUUAUUACA